UACAAAUUCAAGAACAUUCAUUGCUUGUUGGUUGAAGUUCAUAACAUGUUUGUUUUGAUAGCGAGGUUUGGUUUGAAUAUGGUUGUCUUCUCUUUACUGGUUUUGGUUGCGUUUGGUGAAGAAAGCAAAUGAGUGGUGUAAAAGAAAACCCAAGUGAAACUUUUUAUUUUAUUUUAUUUUUCCUGCUGAAACCCUCUUUCACUUUCUGCACUAUAUAAACCUCAAAUGAUUAUUGAAUACACUGCUGGGCCUUUUUUGAUAGAAUCUUCCUUUUUCUUUUUCGCAAUGUCUGAAGUGGAAAGCAUUGACAAUAUUGAAGCUGCUAGGCAAUUCUUGAGGGUUAGCUUGGAGAAAACUAAAGAACUUUCUACAAAACUAGAUGGAACAGGAUCAAAAUUGGAAGAGAUCAACCAAAGAUUACCAUCUUUGGAAGCUUCUAUUAAAUCCAUUCCUAAGAAUGAAAGUUUAUAUCUUUCACUCAGGGAUCAAAUUGAUUGUGCAAUUGGUCCGGUUGCUGCGGUUAUGAAAGUCCAUGGCACUGCUCGUGAGCUUGAGAGUUUUCUCCUGUCUAAUCCUCAUUCUGAUCUCUCUACUUACCUCUUGACAAUAAGAAGACUCGAAGAAGCAUUGAGAUUACUUGCCAGCACUUGCGGACUAGCAAUUCAGUGGUUGGAGGGUAUUCUUGAAUUUCUAGAAAGCAAUGCGGUUUCGAAUGAUCAGUGCCUCUUGAAUGUGAAGAAGUCUUUGAGCAUCAUAAAGGAGUUACGUGCACUUGAGGGACGUGCCCGUGUUGAUGGAGGGAUUCUCAAUGCUGCAUUUGACAGGCUUGAAACUGAAUUCAGCAGGCUGUUAACAGAGAACGCUGCCCUGCUUUCUAUAUCAUCUUCAUCAUCGUUCAGUCACGAAGAAGCCUGCAAUAAUCUGUCUGCAUUACAGGCUUCAGUAAUUCAAAAGCUGCGAAAGAUAGCUGAGAGGUUAAAUGCCAAUGAUCGAGUUGAAAAUUGUAUACCUUUAUACAUUAAAGUACGGGUUUCAAAUGCUAGAAGGAGCUUGCAAUCUCUGGACUUGGAGUAUCUUGAUAUGGACUUUUCAGAAGUAGAUGAUAUUCGGAGCAUUCAGGAUCACAUUGAACAAUGGGGCAAGCAUUUGGAGUUGGCUGUGAAACAUCUUUUUGAGCUUGAAUACAAACUCUGCAACAGUGUCUUCGAGAAGAUUGGAUCAGAUACUAAGAUGGAUUGCUUUGCAAGGAUUGCUAUAGAGUCUGGAAUUAUUUCAUUCCUUCAAUUUGGAAAGAAUGUUACCAACAUAAAAAAAGAUCCAUUCAAGCUCCUGAAGCUGUUAGACAUUUUCAAAGUUCUAAACAAUCUGAGGUCAGAUUUCAACAGGAUUUUCGGCUGGGAAGCUUGCUCUGAGAUUCAAACACUGACAAGGGAUCUUAUCGAGAAAGUUGUUGAUAGCAUAUGUGAGAUUUUCUGGGAGCUCCCCAUUCAAGUUGAAGCACAAAGGCGAUGUUCUUCUCCUCAGGAUGGUGGUGUUCCAAAGCUUGUAAGCUUUGUAACAGAUUACUGCAAUCAACUUCUUGGAGAUGAAUACAAGCCAAUAUUGAUCCAGGUUUUGGUGAUUUAUCAAAGCUGGAAAAAGGAGAAUUAUGAAGAGGGUAUUCUUCUAAACCAGUUCCAUAACAUAAUGAAGGAAAUUGGGCUAAACUUGGAUGCAUGGUCGAAAACCUAUUUGGAUAUCUCUCUUUCCUACCUUUUCAUGAUGAACAACCAUUGCCACUUCUACAAUCUAAAAGGCACAAAGCUUGGAGAUUUAAUGGGAGAUUCUUGGUUAGGAGCACAUGAACAAUACAAAGACUAUUAUGCAGCUCUCUACUUGAAGGAAAGCUGGGGAAAUCUUCUUCCAAUUCUAAGCCAAAAGUGUUUGGUUCCAAUUUCAGUCACUGGAGAAACUAAUCAGGAUCUUGAUAAAAAGAGGCUACAAGCAUUCAAUGAGGCUUUUGAUGAAAGAUAUGAGAAGCAUUCCAAGUGGGUCAUUUCUGAUGAAAGCUUAAGACAGAAAGUGUGCCAGAUUUUAGUGCAGACUAUUGUUCCUGUUUAUCAAAGGUAUAUGAAGAAUUAUGGGGUUUUGGUUGAAAAAGAUUGCAAUGCAAGUAGGUAUGUGAAACACACUGCAAAGGGUUUGGAGAUUAUGCUAAGCUCUCUGUUUCAGCCAACGUUGAGGAAGAUUUGCAGCACUAAACAAGCUCAAUUAUAUGGCAAAAUCAGAAAUGUUGUGACCAAUCAGUUCCGCUUAACUCUUACUGCUAUUUGACUUGCCUUAAUGUAUAAUGCCAUCUUUCUCUUCUUCCUUGAAAAAUAUGAAGAAAUUGGAAGUUUGUCAAAUAUUGCUUUGAUCUUGAAUUUGUACCAUAUAUAGUUUUUUUUUUUUUUUUAAAUAUAUAUAUAUAUAUAUAUAUAUGUUAUUCCAACGGAAAAAGAAAAAGAAAAAAAUGUAGGAUCAAGAAAUAUUACUUGACAAUUACUGAUCAUAUUAGUAUGUCUAUUGC